UGUCCCAUAUUCAAAACCCUUGCUAAUAGUGUCUGCACAGAAACAGCAAGUGAACCAAGUGGGUCUGUAGGAGAAACCGCAAAGGCCUGAGCAUCCUAGCUGAGUAAAGGGCUGUGGAAGGACAGAGGCGGGAUGACCUUAGUCACUGGAAGGCUCGUUUUUCAGAGACUUGCCUGAAUUUUAUAUAGCUCUUACUUAGGCUUGUGAAAAUGGAACUCUUUCCUUUAUAUGCUUGUGUAUCCAGAGUGUUCUGUUUCCUUGGCAGAGACCCAUGUGCUUUAUCGUGGUCAGUAAAUUACUCAGUAACAGCCUUUCCUGCUUCCUUACCAUUCGCUGCAUCUUUGAGCUAAGAAGUGGGAAUUUUUCUCACCUAAAAAGUCCUGAAAUGUUGAAUUGGAUGGCGUUUGUGUGCCGGUGCUUACACAAAAAGGAACUUUUCUCCCCUGGGAAACCCAACUUUCUUCUACUGACGGUGUUUUAACUACCGCUGUUCUUAACUGCAGAUGACCCGUCGCUCCUUAUGGUGAGGACGGCAGCUGGCUGAUGAGCGGGGCGGCCAGGCCCCCGAGCGAGGCGGGCGCGCGGGCCCGGGAGGCGGCCGAGGACAUGGCCGACGGCGACCUAGGCUACGGCCUGGGAAGGAGGCCCGGCGGCCUUUACGAAGUGCCGGGCUCACAGCUGCCUACGUCCCGAAGAGCAGAGGAAAGGAACUUCAGCCCUCCCGCUAAAGGGGGACGGGACAGCGGUCGCCAGGGAGCAUUUGGAAACUACCGCUGUUCCCCUCUGCAGACUGGAGAUGGUUCAGAUGCGAUUGAUGUUUCUAUUUCCAAGAAUUGUUCAGCCGUGCAAAAACAUGUGUUUUUUCUAAUAGAGUCUAAUUCAGAAUUGUCAAAUGCAGAAUUAAAGCAACGUCUUGAUGAAGCAUUAGAGGAGGUAGAAAUUUUAAAAACUGAACUUGAGGCAUCUCAAAGACAGCGUGAAGGUAAAGAGGAAGCACUGAAAGUUCUGCAGAGCAUGGCAAUAUUUGGCAAAGCCACAAGUCAUACCCAGGCAGUAUUUCAAAAAAUUGUGGACGAAAAGAGAUCCUUGGAGAAGGAAAUAAAUGCCUUGCAAUGGAAAAUAGAAUUUGAUCAGAAUAGAUUUAAAAAUUUAGAAGAAUCUUGGAUCCAAAAAUAUGACAGGCUAAACUGUGAAAACGCAGUCUUCAAAGAAAAUUUGAAACUGAAAACAGAAGAAAUUAAAAUGCUGAAGUCUGCAAAUGCACGCUUGAAUCAACAGCACUUGGAAGCCCUUGCUAUGCUUGAUAUCAAACAGCAGAAGAUGGUUCAGGAAAACAUGUGCGGUGAUAAAAGUGACUUUACAGAGGUUUCGGGCCUUGAGCUUGCGGUGCUGGGAGCCUGCCUUUGUCAUGGUCCUGGAGGGAGCCCCUGUUCUUGUGCCAAAACAGCAGCGUCAGCUCAGAAAAUGCUUCUUCAGCUCAAACAGGAGCUGCAGCUUUUGCAGAAGAGCAAAGAAGAAGCUUACAUAAUGGCAGAUGCAUUCAGAAUUGCAUUUGAGCAACAACUAAUGAGGAAAAAUGACCAGGCACUGAGAUUGACACAAAUGGAAAAAAUGUGUAAAAAAGAAACAAAAUGGAUAAAUUGGAAGCACCUUAAAGAAGAUGGAUUACUAUCACAAAGGACUAAGAAGACCUUAGGGCAGAAACUGUUGGGUAUGCUCCCUUCAGAAAACAGUUCUAAGAGGACUGAAGACCAAGAUAAUCCACAGGAAGUCUUCAAGAUGCUAAUAGAUUUGUUGAAUGAUAAAGAAGAAGCUUUGGCUCAUCAAAGAAAAGUUAGUUACAUGCUUGCUCGGGCACUGGAAGACAAAGACUCAGGCUCAAAAGAGAAUAAAGAAAAAAAUCCCAAGGAAGACAAUUUUCCAUUAAAAAGCUCCAGGCAGAAAACUUCAGAAUUCUGUGUCCUGCAUGAUCCUGUACAUUCACGUGUUCACAUUUUUAAUUCUGUGGGCUGUGUUUGUUCAAUCCAGCGUCUUCAUACAGAUCAAAACUAUACAAGAACUCUGAAAAGAUCUCAUUCUUUGCCAUCAAAUAUCAUGUUUUGAGGACAAACCAGUUGAAAUUAGAACCGAGAGCUGUUUAUAUCAAGAGACUUUGAAAAAGGAUUGUGUAAACAUUGCUACAUCUUCACAAGUUGUAUGUUUUCUGGGUAUUUCUAAAUUUUAGGAGGAAGCUUAAAUACUUAAAUGUUUUCUACAAGAAAUUUAUUAGUAUUCUGUGGUGAUGUAUUUUAUUUAUAAAUUAUAUUACUAUAUUUUAUAAAAUCUUCAUUAUUUGCCAACAUCUUAAAACCAAAAAUAUUUUGAGAAAAACAAAAAAUUAUGUAACUAUUUAGAUUGACUAGGGGGAUCUUUGACUGGCUCAAGCAACAAUAUAAUGUAAAUUAAUGCUGUAAGAAAUAACAAUGCCUAGGAGUGAUGGAAUGUUAAUUUUUGAAAUACAUCUAUCUUUUGUUUCUCCAGGACUUUCCAUUUGCCAUUUCAUUAUCAUGUAUUUUAAAGUUUCCUUAAGUUAACUUCAAUUAAAAGUUAUUACAAUGGGA